GCGGUAUCGGCAGCUCACAUUGCUUCAUACAUCGCAAAGCUGUCAGCUCGUCAGCUCGGACCGGGUCCGAACGCGACGGUUUGGGACCAAACCCUGUCUUAACUCGAUCCGAAUCCGGAUCCCAGCCCGGGCGCAGCGCCCUCCGCACCGCGCACGAUGCGCUCAGCUGCGCUCCGGUUCUGCCCCGUCCUGCUGCUGCUGUUGGCGAAGGUUCACUUGGGAUCUGCUGCGGCAGUGAAGAAGCGGGCAGUCAAGUCAGAUGUCCUGAAGCCAGACCCCUACAGCAAGAAGUGUCCUAUGGGCACCUAUUUGGCAAACGACUCCUCCAGGUGCCUCCCAUGUAAGAAGGAUGAGUACACCGAGUAUCCGAACGACUUCCCCAAGUGCCUGGGCUGCCGGACGUGUAGGGAAGACCAGGUGGAGGUGAGUCCCUGCAACUCCACCAGGAACACACGGUGCGCUUGCAAGAACGGCACCUUCUGCUUACCUGACCACCCCUGUGAGAUGUGCCAAAAGUGCCAAACCCGGUGCCCCAAAGGACAAGUGAGGAUAGCUGCUUGCACGCAGCAGAGCGACCUGCGGUGCGGUCCUCCCUUGGACAACUCCUCCAGCUUCACCACCACAGGCAUCAUUAUCAGCACCAUGCUGCCUGUGGUCCUGGUGUUCCUGCUGGUGUUAUUAUGCUGCUGCUGUUGCAGACGCUACAGUGCAGGGAGUGGUGGAGUGCUGAGCAGGAAGCCCAGAGCCAUGGUGCAGAAAAUACUGUUGCAGCGGAUGGGGAUUCAGGACAACAACUGCAAUGAGCAGAUCUACCAGCAGCAGCAGCAGCAGCAGCAGCAGCUGCUCACCACAGAGCAGGGCUCAGAGGUUCCCCGUGGUGUGGAGGUGGAGGUGGAGGAGGUGGCACCAAGAACUCCCAAUGUGGAAACCCAGAGGAAUCUGGUUCCAGUGCCAGGAAAGGACCCCAUAACUGUUUUGUCUUCCUCUUUCAACACCUUUGUCGACCUUGUGCCCUUCCCUCAAUGGAGGAGAUUCGGCCGAGCCCUCGGUCUGCGGGAAAACAACCUUUAUCAGGCAGAGCAGAACGACAGAGAGUCAGGGGAGCCCUUAUAUCAGAUGCUCAUCAUGUGGCUCAACAAAGAAGGCAGCAAAGCUUCUGUGAAUACACUGCUGGAGACCCUGUCCCAGAUCAGCCUCAGCGGCGUGGCAGACAUAAUUGCCUCCGAACUCAUUAGGAAUGGAUAUUUCCAGUAUGAAGUGAGCUGAGGAGCACAGCCAGCCCUGCGUCUCCCCAGCUGGAGCUGAAGAUGCGAAUUCCUCUGAGAACCCUUAUCUUGAUCUUUGUGAUAGUAUUCUCGUGGCUCCUCUCUCCCGGAGCCGUCGCACUGUUCAGCUGAGCCUGGAGGAGUCGAUCCCAUCGGGAAGCAAUUGGGGUCUUCUCCACCACACUCAGCGUUGGUGCUGCCUUAAGGAAGCCAAGCGAGUGCCUUGAUUUCAUUUGGCCAACGCAACGAGCCCAAAGGUCUUCCAAGCUGCCUUUGAGAUCAUCUCAUUUGCAAGCACUGAUUUUAUACGGACCUCGGUGCAGAACUGCAUCUUUGCUUGGUGCGGGCACUCAUUGGUUCUAACUGGAUCAACUUUUUUAAUUUUUAAUUUUUUAGUGAUACUUCUGCUUGUAGAACAUCUCCGAGCCGACCAUCAUGCUUAGUACUGCAUGCGUGGUGGGCAAACAUCUAUGGGGCUCCUGGGUUACCCUCUACAAUCUAUUCAGAGUUGCAUUUGUAGCUAGUUCUGCUUGCCCUUAGGAGUAGACACAAGACUAUAGCAGUGGGGUUGGAAUUGGAUGAUUCCCAAGGUCCCUUCCGACCCAAGUCCACAAUUCUAUGACUGUAGGAGACGUGGGCGCGAGUCAUUGGCACUGAGACUGCUGAAAUGAGGGUGGUGAGGCUGGGUCGGUUUAUUCCCAAUGCCAGGGCUGUGGGGCACCCAGCUGGUUGGGUUGCUCCUGCACCUCCAGGGACAACACACAGCUCAGGGAUGAGGUGCUGCAGCCUUCCAGCCCCAGGAGCUGCCCCUGUGCGGGCGCAGGGUUGGGCAGCCCCUCUGCACCCCUUUCCGUCCUCUCCACCCCUGUGCCAAAUACCAGCAGGACUUUUGUAUUUAUGUAUUUAUUGAUUGUAAACGCGUACAUACAUUAACUUAAAAUAUAAUAUAAAAAUAGCUGGUUUUUUUUUUUUUUUUUUACUAUGCGUGACUGUGUGUUUUAUACAGAGCUCUGGCCCAGCCAGUUAGUUUUAUCCAGGAUUUUUUCUACAUGUGUCUUUAUGAAGGAAGAAUAAACUUAAAAACAAUAACAAUC